AUGAACAGAAUUCCUAUUCCUAUCUGGUUGAUCUUCUUCUCUUUGUUUCUCCUUCUUCGUACUACAACUUCUGUUGAAGAUGAGGUUAAGAACUCACUGCUCAACUUUCUUGCAAAGCUCUCUAACAAUAGUAGUCAACUCGGUUCGCUUUCGAGUUGGAGCUUCUCAUCUGAUCCCUGCAAAGACCACUGGCCUGGUGUAGUUUGUGACUCAAAGAAUACUGUCGUAAGAAAGUUGUACCUCAACAGCUCAAAACUAGAUGGAGAGCUUGACGUUGGCUUUCUUUGUGGUGUGGCACCUCUUGCAGCCUCUCUUGGUGUUGUUCAUCUUGAGUACAACAGCAUUAAUGGAGGAAUUUCGACAGAAAUUUUGUCCUGCAAACAACUCACUCACUUCCAUGUAACUCAGAACAAGCUUUCUGGAAGCCUUCCAGCUUCUCUUGUCAUGUUGAAUAACAUGAAACAACUUGAUAUAUCCAACAACAGAUUCUCUGGUAGCUUGCCAGAUUUUUCUAGGAUUUCAGGUCUUCAAGUAUUCCUUGCUGAAAAUAACCAGCUUGGUGGGGAGAUACCAGUAUUCGACUUCUCAAACCUGAAGCUAUUCAAUGUCUCCAACAAUAACCUCACUGGUCGUAUACCAGAUGUACAUGGCCAUUUCACUGCAAGUAGCUUUCUUGGUAAUCCUUAUCUCUGUGGGGAUCCAUUGCCAAUUGAGUGUCCACCUUCUCAAGCAGAUACCCUUUCUGAGAAGUCAAAAGGUUCUUCAAAAAGUCCAGUUACUAUGUUUGUAGGAUAUAUUGUUUUGGGAUUGGCUGGUAUUGCUCUAUUCAUUUUCAUGCUGUGUAAAAGAAGCAAGAGAAAAGACAAGGUUAAUACAUUGCCAAAGAAAGUAGUUGCAGUGGAUGAUGAAGAUGAUAGCUUGUACAAGUCUAGUUUUGGAGCAUCGAUGGAGUCCACAGUUGCAGGUUUAAGCAAAUCAGGAAUUUCAGCUGAUCAAAGUGCUUUGGUUUCAUCCUCAGUGCUGGUGGUGCUCACAAGUCCAGAGGUAAAUGGACUCAAAUUCGAGGACUUACUUAGGGCUCCAGCCGAGAUGCUUGGAAGAGGCAAGAGUGGUUGUCUCUACAAGGUCCUUCUUGAUAAUAACAAGAAUGUAGUUGUCAAGAGGAUUAAAGAUUGGCCAAUUUCUAGUCAUGAGUUUAAGCAAAGAAUGCAGAGGUUAGAUAAAGUAAAGCAUCCUAAUGUGCUGCCAGCUCUUGCUUUCUAUUCUUCCAAACAAGAGAAGCUUUUGGUGUAUGAAUUUCAGCAAAAUGGAAAUCUAUUCAAGUUUCUUCACGGAACCAACAUGGAUUAUGCAUUUGAUUGGGCCACUAGACUUGAAGUCGCAGCCAACAUUGCAGAAGCAUUAGCCUUCAUGCACCAGGAACUCAAAGAUGACAAGAUCACCCAUGGUAACUUGAAAUCAUCAAACAUCUUGCUGAACAAGAACAUGGAGCCAUGUAUAAGUGAGUAUGGUCUCAUGAGGGUUCAAAACAGUCCAGAUAACUCAUUGUUAGCCAAAGUUAGCCAUUCCAAAUCAUCGAACGCCAUCUUCAAAGACGAUGUUUAUGGCUUCGGUGUCAUCCUUCUUGAGCUUCUCACAGGGAAUCUGGUGCAGCACAAUGGCAUUGACUUAACAGAUUGGGUUCAGUCUGUUGUGAGGGAAGAAUGGACAGUUGAAGUCUUUGACAAGGCCUUGCUCUCGGAAUGCGCUAGCGUAGAGAGGCUGGUGAGUUUGCUCCAAGUCGCCAUACAGUGUGUCAAUCGUUCUCCUGAGGCUAGGCCCUCCAUGAACCAAGUUGCUGCCAUGAUCAACACAAUUAAAGACGAAGACGAGAGAUCAGCUGUAUCUUUUGAGCCAUGA